CCCUUCCCUAAUGGUACGUGAUCCGGUUUUGGGCGCUCUACGGUACACUUGUUUUAGGGUUUUCCUUGGGCUCACAAAGUUUCUACAUUGCCCAGCUUAGAAAUUGCAGUCCUGGAACCGGUGAAAGCGCAGCUCCUGUACGUAUUAUGGUGGUGACACACGGCUUCAAGACGCCUCCAGCGAUACAGUCUGGGUAGCAAGGUGGUGCAGCCAUUGUAGGUUGUAACAGACAAGAAAGGCGUCAAAGUUACAUUGGAGAACGAUGACCGAGCAGCAUUGAGAACAGUCCAUAGAAAUCUCUGCACGCGAUAGCGAGGAAGUCUGGCGCGGGACCUUCGCGGAUGCUAGAGAAGCGUACAACUCAUCCAGAAGGUGGAAGGGGUUGAAUAGCAGGUUGAACGCGGUUCCCACCGUUAAGCUGCGAGAUGCAGGAAGGACUUGGCACAGGCAUCAAGAAGGUUUCCAGCUCAAUGUGUGCGGACUUUUCGGCAGCAUCUCUGAAAUGUAUAAUAGAUGCUAACUAUGACAAGAGCAAGUGUCAAAAGGAGUUUCUAGAGUACAAGGAGUGCCGAAAAAAAGAGCGAGCAGCCAUGUUAGCCACGAGGCAGCAAGGAAAAGCCUGGUGACUCGCCCUGGAUUGUCAAGUGACUCCAACCCCCAUGAGAGCAUGGUGCAAAGACAGAGAAGUCAUGAUUAACGGCCUGGGGGUGCAGAGACUUGACCUUUUUCAUUUGUCCUCUGAACAUCUCAAUGGGGUGUCGACUUUUUCCAAGAGCUUUCCAAACCAAUAAUUGAAUCUUCGAAAGGCUGAUUGUGGGCCAGCUUUUGCAAAUAUGCAUCCAUGUUCCGGUGGCAGCCUGUGUUCUCGUUGCAUGGCAAUUCAGAUUCUCACAGACUGGAGACUACCGAGUAUCCACAUGGCCGAAGGACUCAAUGACGGGCCAACGUAUAUAGCCACCCGGCGCGAUCGAUUGCCAAGUUGAGCGCCGUAACGGAGCUGUCGAACCUUUAAAAGGCAAAAACUUUUAGAUGUUGCACUCACAAGGUCCCAACCCCAACCAGUGACAUGUAUUCAUUAGCAUACAGUGGUUGUUUGUGACCUCAUAACCCGAUUUCUGCGGUCAUGCAUAAUUCAAUCUGGAUAGUGUUGAGUAAGACUCAAAAUACGUGCGCGGCUCUGCGCAUAUGGGCUAUACUUGGAUCUUAUUUCUCGGCGUCAUUCGAAACUACUUUUCGUCUGG